GUUGAAGAGCUGUAGAGGACACAGAUCUUGGACAGAAUGAUUAUUUAUCUGUCAGUCACGUGACCUGCUGAGAAUAACCCUGCAGGUAUUAAACAGGUGAGCAGGUUUGUUCCUCAGAUGAGUCCAGUUCUCGCGAGAGCAGGAAGAGAAAAAACGAGUUUGGGGGAAAGUUGAAGCAGCAGGAUGAGAAGAGAGGAGAGCUGCAGAGAAGGACGGACUCAGACGUUUCUCCUCCUCAUCCUCUGGAAACCAGCCGCUCCUUUACAGAACCAGAGUCCAGAACAGAACCAGAGUCCAGAACAGAACCAGAGUCCAGAACAGAACCAGAGACCAGAACAGAACCAGAGUCCAGGAGCGGCACGAUGCGCAUCUGCUUUUAGCUCCAGAACCAGGAAAGUUUGAGAUUUUUUUAAGUUCUGCGAACUUUUUGUUUUUCUUGGUUCUCAGAGGUUUGUUCAGCUGGUACCUGCAGGAGAACCAGAUCCAGGAGAACCCGUUCCAGGCGGAACCCCUCCUGUGGAGUCCAGCUUUGAGUCCGGACCUCGGAGGUCUUUGGGUCUGGGAGCCUAAAGCGGACUGAGCGGACUGGACCGAGCCCCGGAGCUGCGGACAUGCCGGACAGGAAGCGCGGGGGGCGGCUGCUGCAGUCGGCCGUGGCUCUGCUGGUCCUCCUGGAGGUCUCUGCGGGACUCGGAGAGGCUGCAGAGGCGCUGGAGACCCGGGACGGGGACCUGGAGUCCGGGCAGACCGACCCCAGGUCCAACAGGGCCAAGAGGAGGGGCGGAACCGACGCCCUCAGAGGCGAUCUGUCGGAGUUCUUGUGGGGACGGGUUCUGCUCCAGACCCAACAUGUGCACCUGCCCCAACGGACUGAUCUCUCCAUCCUGUGGAUCCAAGUCAGUUCAGAACUGUAACAUCCGCUGCAUGAACGGGGGGUCGUGUGCAGAAGACCACUGCUUGUGUCAGAAAGGCUACGUGGGAAACCACUGCGGUCAACCUGUCUGUGAGAACGGCUGUCUGAACGGAGGACGCUGCGUGGCCCCCAACAGAUGUGUGUGUACGUACGGCUUCACGGGGGCCCAGUGCGAGCGAGAUUACCGGACCGGUCCGUGUUUUGCCUCCGUUAACAACCAGAUGUGUCAGGGCCAGCUAACGGGCAUCGUGUGCACCAAAACCUUGUGCUGCGCCACGGUGGGGCGUGCGUGGGGUCACCCCUGUGAGAUGUGCCCGGCUCAGCCCCACCCCUGCCGGAGAGGAUUCAUACCAAACCACCGGACCGGGGCGUGCCAAGAUGUGGAUGAGUGCCAGGCCAUCCCCGGCAUCUGUCAGGGAGGAAACUGCAUCAACACUGUCGGAUCCUUCGAGUGUAAAUGUCCUGCUGGGCACAAAUUCAACGAGAUCUCCCAGAAAUGUGACG